AUGGGUCCAAAAUACGAGUUGGUUCCGGCCAUUGACAGGCAACAACCCGAUUUUACUGUUCAUUUCAGCUCAUUGGAUAGUAGCUCUAUAAAUAAUUAUUUUUGUUUUGUCGGCUAUGUUGCUGCUGAUGAAUGUUGGAUAUGGGUUCGAGUUUUCUCAUUUAAGUUUUACAUAAAUUUGGAGCCUAAGCAGAUUCAUGAGAUCAAGGACUUCCUUCUGACUGCCAGAAGGAAAGAUGCAUGCUCUGUAAAGAUCAAGAAGAGCAAAGAUUUUGUCAAGUUCAAGGCCCGCUGCUCCAAGUACUUGUACACACUUUGCGUGUCGGAUGCUGAGAAGGCUGACAAGUUGAAGAAGUCCCUUCCUCGAGGUACAUCUAUAUAA